GGCGGCGAGGAAGCGGAAGCGGAAGCAGCGCGGCGGAAGAGCCGGAGCGGAGCCAUGAGGACCCGGCGCGGCACCGUCCUGCGGCCGCCGGCCCGCCCCGCCGAGGAGGAGGAGGAUGAGGAGGAUGGCGCUCCGGCGGGCCCCGAGGGGCUGGCGGAUGAGGUGGAGGAUUUCCACGAGGCGCGGUUCCGAGCGGUGAUGGCUGCCCUGGAGAGCGGGGAGGAGGCCGGGGACAGCGAGGAGGAGGAAGAGGAGGAAGUGCUGGGGCUGCAGCUGCCGGAGGAGGACAGCGAGGAGGAGGAGGAGGAGGAAGAAGUGCUGGGGCUGCAGCUGCCCGAGGAGGAGGAGGAGGUACAGGAGCUGGAUCUUUAUGUGGACCCUAGUGCAGAAGAGGAUGGAGGAGGGGAGGAGGAGGAAGAUGAUGGAGAAGGGGAGGAGGAAGGUGAGGCUAAAGAUGACGAUGGGGACCUGUCCAUGGAAAGCGACUUGGAGGAGCGCCGUCAGGACACCAGGCUCCCCCACGAACUCUCGUGGGGCCAACGUAAGCAGCUCUACUAUGACACAGACUAUGGGAGCGAUGCCCAGGCCAAGGGCAAACGCAGCCAGCAAGAAGUUGAUGCUGAGGAGGAGGAAGAGGAGCAGGAGGCUAAAGUCAUCCAGAGGCGGUUGGUGCAGGACUUAGGGGAAGAUGAUUACGGGCUGGAUGUGAUCCAGGGCUAUCUGGCUGAGCAGCAGAAAACAGAUGACAGGAAGGGGCAGAAGAUUGACAAGGAUUUGCAGGCCCUUUCCAAGAAGGAGCAGCUGAAGCUGCUGAAGCAGGAGUCUCCUGAGCUCCUGCAACUGAUUGAGGACUUUGAAGUCAAGCUAAUGGAGCUCAAGGAUGAACUGCACCCGCUGCUGGAAAUGGUCAAAAACGGCACUAUCCCACAGGGGAAAGGCAGUCGCUAUCUGCAGACCAAGUAUCAUCUCUACCUGAGUUACUGUGCCAAUAUCAGCUUCUACUUGGUUUUGAAGUCCAAGAGGAUACCGGUUCAUAGUCACCCCAUUAUCGAGCGACUGGUUACUUAUAGAAAUAUAAUCAAUGACCUUGCUGUUAUAGAUCAGAAGCUAUCCUCAGAAGUUCGUAUGCUUUUGAAAAACUACUAUGAUAAGAAGGAAACUAAAUUACGGAAGGAGAAGAAGUUUGCGGUGUUUCUCCCACUGGAUGUUAAGAAAAACAAACCAAAACACGUUCCGGCGCUUGCUAAUAGCCAGGCUACUGCUGAAGAACCGUCAGAUGGGUCGGACAUGGAUGAAGAGGCUGCCCUAAAAUACUACAAGAUGAUGGAGGAGAAGCUGAAACUCAAGAGGAAGAGGACUGAGGACCAAGACACGCUUGAAGAAGAAGCGGAGUUGGAAGGAGAGGAUCCAAAUAAAAAGAGAGGUGUGACCUACCAGAUGAUCAAGAACAAAGGCCUCACGCCCAGAAGGAAGAAGAUUGAUCGCAACCCCAGGGUCAAGCAUCGGGAGAAGUUUCGGCGAGCCAAGAUUCGCCGCAAAGGCCAGGUCCGUGAAGUUCGGAGGGAAUUGCACAGAUAUGAUGGGGAACUAUCUGGCAUUCGUGCCGGAGUUAAGAAAAGCAGGAAGCUUCAGUGAUACUUACCGUGCUUUGUUUCUGAGAGCUGCGAGUAGCACUACUGAUUCCAAUAAAAAAUUUAUUACGAA